AAGUAUGAACAGAGAAAGCUUAUCUUUUCUUCCGAUUUCUAAAUAACCCAGGUAUUUUCAAUUUCCUGGCGUAAAACAUAAGGAUUGAUAACACACAAUGGCGUUUCUUUGUCCAGUUCGUAUCCCACGACGAAGAAGGAAAAGGCGCGAUGGUGAAAACUCGACAAAAAAUGGAGCCCCAAAAAGCCGUAUAACCGGCAGCAAUAGCGUGGAUUCCUUGGUUGCAUUAGGAAAAGACAACGAAGAAGAAGAGAUAGAGUUUGAGCCGCGAAAAAUGGUAGUUUUACAUGAUUUUAUUCCAUGUGUUGAAGAUGAAGUGCUCGUGAAACGCGGAGAGCAUGUGAGGGCUUUAUAUCAGGAAACAGACUGGAUUUAUAUCUUAAAACUUGAUAAUAAAGAGGGUUUUAUACCAUUUACUUAUUGCGUAACCGAGGAAGAGUACGAAAAAAGAAAAGAAAAGCAAAAAACAGUUUCAUCUGGGAGUAAAGACUUUUUAAAAUCACCGCUACUUGAAGCUAUGGUAACACAAUCAAGCUUCGAACCUGCAGAGUUCGCCAAAGAAAAUCACGGAGACUUUAUUGUAAAAUUCGACUUUGAAGCUACCGAAGAAGACGAUGUGUCGGUCAGAAAAGGAGAAGUUGUGCAAGUACUCAACAAAGAGGAUCAAGAUUGGUACUGGGUUAAAAAGAAGAGCGGUAAAGAGGGUUUUAUUCCUAAAGAUUUCGUUACAAAAAUCGAGCAAACAGAACCAAGUAGAUCUCUUACGAGCAGAGGUCAACUUUCAAGGUCUAAUCCCAAUAUCUACUCUAGUAGCAAAAUGUCGCCUCACUCAACAGUGAUCGCUGCCUCAUCCUGUACCUCAUUCUCAAGAACUGACCAGACACCCCUCCCAGCCAACACUUGCGCUAUACCACUGUCCAGCACUAGAAGGAUGGAUAAUUAUAGCUCCAGUGGAACCAACAGUAGCAGAAGUUCAUCUCACACUCCAGUUAUAUCUGCAGAUCAGUCCUCCACAUCCUUGUYAAGAUUUGAACAGAAUUCGCCCUAUUCAAAUCAUGUACCAGCUUUGCCGUCCUUUGCCCCAGUAGUUAGAAAUACUCCUGACAGGAAAAUGAGCCACCCAAGUUCUUCAAAUGCUCUUGAUAAAAGGGAAAAUGUCUUUACUUUAGUUUCCCAGUGUGAUUAUAACAUGACAACGCCAAAUAAUCCAAGAGUUAGUACUGCAAGCACCUUACUCAUAACUGACGAAAAUCAUAACUUAAAGCAGCCAAAUCCAAAUGUAAGAUUUAAACCGUUCUCGUCCAUGUCAAGAUUAGAUCAAAGACAUUCUGUGCCAGGGAAUCCUGAUGCUUAUCAACUGUCGCAAUCACUUGGUAGAAGUUAUAAUCAAUCUCGAAGAAGUAGCAAUGAUUUACUCCUCUAUGGACAAGAGCUUGUUUGCACAGACACACAUUUAGGUAGAGAAGCAGAUGAAAUGACGGUUUAUAAGGGGGACUGGAUUUAUGCUGAUAUGAAGUGUAGAGAUGGGCGGGGCUGGGUAUGGGCUUACUCRCCUGCAUCAAAAAACCAAGGUUUUGUUCCUAAGUCCUGUCUAAGACCCCCUGCAACCACACCCUUGUAGACUUGUUAAACUUGUUGUGACAGACACACCCACUUUGAUGUCAACAUAUAUUUUCUGGUAGAGAUCUUUUGAGGCUCAAUUACGCUCUACAUUACUGCAGAACUGAACCCACUUUUCUCAAUGGUGUUUAUUGUUUUGCGCGUGCAAUGAUCCUCUGACCUCUGUUUCUAAAGAAAUGAUUGCGUCCCAAUCCAGAUCUUCUCUUUUUUUUACCGCACGUGCAGAUAAAAGUGGGUCCAGUUCUGAACUAGCUCUACAUACGAGUGUGGUCAGGGCACAAAGGUCGUAAUAUUUCCUUUUAGCCCCUGCUGGAAAUAAACAUUUAUCCCAACAACAGUUAAAGGGUGCCAUUUCUUAACGAAUAGGAAAUUUUUAGAAAAAAUAAAAAAUAUAGAAAAGAUCUUUGCUCAUUACUUUAACCCAUAAAUACAUGACACAAUAUUAUUGCAGACCGAAUUUUAUA